AGAAGCAUGCAGACAGUCGUGCACAUAGAGGGAGGGGUCAGGAUGGGUUACGUAAGAGCAGCCCUUUCAUGCCUAUAGAGUCGCAUUCUAUUAAAGCAGAAAGGGGUCGACUGAUGGCAACACGCUGACAGGACGCGUGCCAACACAGUUGCAGGAGAUGGUCGUGCAGUUCAGGUACAAAAUGUCCGGGUGCAAGAUUCUGCGUGCAACGCUGCAAAUGAUUUGUAGAGAUUGACAUGUCCAUGUGCCAGCACCACGGCGAGGUAACUUUAGCCCGGACACCUCCGAUGCAGCAGCGUGAUGGGACCCGAGAAACGGUAGGCCGCGUCGCUCCUGGAUGUCCGAUAUCGUAGCCACCACGAUGCCAAGAGUUCUUCCUCGUCUGGACCGACGCCUGAAGCGGUGCUCGGCGCUAGUCGCUCUGAGCGUGAUGCUGUGCGCCUUCUUCCUUGUGGUCACCUUGCACCAGACGGGGCUUGAAGACGAUGACGCCGACGUGCGCCGUUGGAUCCGUCGCAGCGCUCAUCACAAAGAGUACAUCGAUAGGCGUGGCAUCCAUGUCAUCGUCGGGCAUUACAUGGGCAAGGAUAUGCCCUGGGAGACCACGCCGAAUCUAACGGAUGAAAUACUCAACGCUAAUGAAUUUUCCCCGGUGAAGAACGCGGGUGAAAAUGGGCAAGCCGUGUUCGCCUUGCCUCACGAAAACGCCAAAAUGAAGACUCUGUUUCACGUCAAUCGAUUCAACCUUCUAGUCAGCGAUAAGAUCGCACUCAACCGCAGCUUGCCCGAUGUGCGCAAAAAGACCUGCAAGAAGAUGCCUUUCAACAGCAGUGACCUGCCUGAUACGAGCGUUAUUAUCGUGUUCCACAAUGAAGCGUGGUCUACACUUCUAAGGACGGUUCAUUCGGUGAUCAACAGAUCGCCUCGCAGAUUGCUAAGGGAGAUCAUUUUAGUGGACGAUGCGAGUGAACGACGGUUCUUGAAGCGGCCGCUCGACUCGUACGUCUCCAAGCUACCUGUGCCAAGCAGAGUAAUCAGGGCUAUCAACCGAACGGGACUUAUCAGGGCUCGCCUUCUGGGAGCAAGGGUAGCUAAAGGCAGGGCACUAACGUUCCUCGAUGCCCACUGCGAAUGCACCAAGGGAUGGUUGGAGCCCCUCUUGGCGAGGGUCGCAGAAGACAAAACGAGAGUGGUGUGCCCCGUAAUCGACAUAAUCCACGACGAGACAUUUGCCUUCAUCAGGAGCUUCGAGAUGCACUGGGGCGCCUUCAACUGGGAGCUCCAUUUUCGCUGGUUUCCAGUCAGUGAACGGGAACUAAAACGAAGGAAAGGAAUUCCCACGGAGCCCAUCAAGACACCAGUGAUGGCUGGAGGUCUGUUCACCAUUGACAGAGAUUACUUCUAUGAUCUCGGUUCGUACGACGACCAAAUGAAUAUCUGGGGAGGAGAGAACAUGGAACUCUCGUUCAGGGUGUGGCAGUGUGGGGGUUCUGUCGAGAUCGUGCCCUGCUCCCACGUGGCCCAUCUUUUCCGGCGGUCUUCCCCUUACUCUUUUCCACACCCAUCUGGGGUCGGCGGCAUCCUUUACAACAAUCUUGCUCGCGUGGCUAAUGUCUGGAUGGACGACUGGGCCGCUUUCUACUUCAACAUGAACCGAGAAGCAAACAAGAUCGGUCGCAAGCAAGACGUCUCUGCCAGGAGAGAACUGCGGCAGCGACUACGCUGCAAGAGCUUCGACUGGUACCUCAAGAACGUGUGGCCCGAGCACUUCUUUCCCGCAGACGAUAGGUUCUUUGGCAAGAUCCGUAAUAAGAAGAGCGGGCUCUGCUUCAAACGGCCGAGCUCUAAAACCUACCAUCAGCCUGUCGGACGGGUGCUUCUUGAAGAAUGUUCCUACACGCAUUAUCCAAUGCAGUACUUUGUAUUUACCGAAGAAGGAUUCAUCAAAACAGAUGAAGCGAUAUGCCUAGACUCCCCUGAAUCACAGGCAGACACCAAUGUUGUGAUGAUUGCGUGCAAUGAACUGCCGAGGCAAAAAUGGAGAUAUGACCCAAAGCUGCACGUAAUCAUGCACAAGAAGACGAAGAUGUGCCUGGACCUCCCCAGUCAACACAGUCCACAAGGCAUUACGUUGCAGCGUUGUAAUGGAGGUAGCAGUCAACAAUGGACCAUGGAAGCAGUUGAUUGGAAGAAAGUCACAUGAGUUGUAGCGUCGAUAACGUGUUGUAGAAUAAAGACCUGCGUUACAUACUUUGA